CGAUAAACGAAAACAAAAUUUGUUUAUAUGACUAAUUUUAACUUACACCUGUGAAUAUACACGCACACGAAGUUCCGAAUGAAUACGAAUGUAGCCAAUACGACAACAAUGGGCAACAUUGUUGAUAAGAUAAGAUAACUCCCGAUCCCAAUGUCUUUGCUACUCUAAUGCACAUAUAUCGCGGUGCGAAUGAUUCGAAUUUGUUCAGCAAGUACGCCAAGAAUCGUCGUCAGUAAACAAUGGCAACUCACGCCGAGAAGGAAUUCUACCAUUUGAACGUCAGCAUAUCUAAAGCUUUAAAUGGCCUGGAAGCGCCACUUAAAACCAAACAUGCCCGCUCCAUUAUUAUUAUGAUCCACAAGGCCAAGGAGGCCAAAACAUUCUGGACGAUAAUCUCCCGACAGCCGUUGAUGCAGAACAGAUUUACCGCCUGGAAAUUUUCACAUCUCCUGCACAAGGUCUUACGAGAAGCCCAUGAAAGUUCUAUAAGGCAUUCGCAGAGUCAUAAGAAAAUGAUUCUGGAAGUCGGAAAAAUGUGGGGGCUACUGCAAGAUGACAUUGGAUGCUGUAUACAGGCGUAUAGCAAGCUCUUGGCCACAAAAUUGAAUUUCCAUGACAAGAAUCGAAUGUUUCCUGGAACCCUGAACAUUUCGUUCACUGAACUUUUUAUCGCAGUUGAUCGGGAUUUGAAUUAUUGUUUUCAAUUGUGCGUUGAAAUUUUCGACUAUUUGGAGGAUAUAAUUGCCCUGCAGUUGACAAUAUUUUCCUCUAUGGAAAAAUAUAGAAUGUCUUCGAUGACACCACAAGGCCAGUGUAGGUUAGCGCCUAUAGUUUGCCUUAUCCAGGAUUCAAAUGCGCUUUACGAUUUAAGCGUUCGAUUAAUGUUUAAACUACAUGAUGGUGUGCCCUACGAUGUUGUUUCCGGGCACAGAGAUCGUUUUCAUGGUCUGUUUUUAAAAUUAAAGAGUUUUUACAACAAUGUACGACCGCUUCAGUAUUUUAAGGACUUAAUUACAGUCCCGGAAUUGCCGGACUCAAGUCCUAACUUUAAAUCCCAAAACGAUUUCACCAGUUAUGUACCGCCAGUGGUCCAUGUUCCGCAAGAACCCGAUCCGGUUGUUGAAGACCUUGUCGAUACGAACAAUCAUGAAUCUGAGGCCUUUAGUCAAGCUCAGCAGCAGCUUACCAUGUUGGAGGGUAUUAUAAGCGAAAAAGAGGCUGACAUUGAGAAACUUUCAUUUAAAUUAGUUGCCUUGCAAAAAAAUUACGAUGAACUACAACAAAGUUACCGGCAAGAAAUUCAGGAGCUACAACAAAACAAUACUGUCUUAUCAAAUGAUCUGGUUUUGGCGAGAGAAAUGUGCGCAACCUUCCGAAUGCAAAACGAUGAUCUUGAGCUGCAACUAAAUCAGAACCCAAUUCUUUUACAGAAAGCCAUGGAGGAAGAAGAAAAGCAUAAGCUAUCUUCGGAAAAAUUCAAUAAGCUGAAAACUCUUUACACGAAAAUUCGGGAUGAGCACAUUCAAUUGCUGAGAGAGCAAAGUGAUUGCAAUAAAUCUUUAAAUAAAGAGAAGCAAGUAAACUCCCAGCUAUUGUUAGAAACAAAGGAACUAACCAACGAAAUUUCCAAAAUAAAAGGAAGCGUCGAGGAAAAAGAAAAGGUUAACUUAACUCUGCAAAAACAAAUAGAUGAGCAAAAGGAGAAGUUAUUACAAAUUGAAGCGAUAAAAAACGAAAUAAAGGAGAAAUUUGAUGAUGUUGUUAAGCAAAAAGAAAUUCAAGAAUUAGAUAUUAAUUCCACCUCUGAAAACCUAAGGCUUAAUUCGUUGAAAAUCGAUGAACUUAAUGUGACUCUCAAUGACACUAAGGAAAAACUCUCCAACGCCGAAAGGCAAAUAAAUGCCAAGAGUAUAGAAAUCGAAAGUAUAAUAAAAGCGUUUGAAGAGGAAAAGGCAUUACUUUUAACUAAGAUCGAACAACAAAAUGUCGAAAGUAAAAGCAAUACAGAAGCCCACAACGCCCAAUUGCAGCAAACAAUAAAUACCUUGGAGCAAAAAGAUAAAGAUUUUGUUGAAACAAAGGCCAAGCUCUCCAGCGCCGAAAGCCAAAUAAUUUUAAAGACUACAGAAAUUGAAAACAAUUUGAAGGCUUAUGAAGCUGAAAGGGCAUUGCUUUUAACCAAAAUCGAACAAUUGAAUGUAGAGCAUAAAAACAACAGCGAUGUACAAAAUUCUCAGCUGCAGCAAACUAUUAGUAACUUGGAGCAAAAGGAGUCUGCAUUGCAGCAAUCCCAGGAAAUUGUAAAUCAACUAAGGCAGGACAAUAUAUCAAUGGUUGAACGUAACGAGGGUUUGCAAAGCAAACUCUUGGUUGUAGAGGAAAAACUAUCCCAGGCCACACAGCAAAUCGAGUCAGUGACAAGUUCUUAUCAAACCUGUAGUACCGAAUUAAGUGAACUAAGGAAAUUGGUAAUAAAAACAGUAAAAGAAAUCUGCAAUUCCAAAUUAAGCAGUUCGGAUCAACAACCAUUGGAUUCUGUACCAAACAUAAUUAAUGAAAUGGAAAUCAUUUUAAAUAAGUUUAAUGACUCAUCCGCUAUAAACAAAGUUGCCUCAACGGAAGGAAUGCAGGAUGUUAUGUUUUUGGGCUAUGUAUUUAUAAAGCUAUACGAUCAAUGUGAUGUGAUCUACAAAACUACUACAGCAAUUGAGACGGGUCAGGAGAUUUUCACGAAAACAUCUUUGAUAUGUACAGAUGUUUGCCAGUUGUUCCAAUAUCUAUUAAAUAAUGAUACAAAAGACAACGAAAGGCAACAAAUUAUAAGUGGUAUACAAACAAAACUGAGAGAUAUAGGAAAGUUGAUUGAAAAAAUUAAGGCCAGCUUUGAACAAAAGGUAGAUUUGGACAAGCUUCUCGAAAUAGAGCUUCGCGAGAUGGAUGCUGCUAUCGAUGAUGCCGCAUCCAAAAUAACAGAUUUACUUGCCAAGGCUCGUGAGAAGGACAAUCAAACCAAUUUGGAGGUUAAUGGGAAAAUUGUAGAUGCAUGCACCACUUUGAUGGAAUGUGUGAAAGCUUUAAUCCAAAAAUCACGCCUUCUACAACACGAAAUUGUUGCCUCCCAAAAAGGUAAUGCAAGUGCCAAUGAGUUUUAUAGAAGAAAUAGUCAGUGGUCUGAUGGCUUGAUAUCCGCUUCAAAAAGUGUGGCAAAGGCAGCAAACUAUCUUGUGGAAGCCGCUAAUAAAGCCAUUGAAAGUGAAUCUGGUAAAAACUUUGAGCUCAUAGUGGCUGCCCAGGAAAUUGCUGCCUGCACAACCCAAAUGGUUAUAGCGAGCAAAGUCAAGGCGGAACGGAAUAGUCAAAAGUUAUCCGACUUAACGAAGGCGUCGCGCAGUGUAACACAGGCGACAGGAACUCUGGUGGCCACCGUCAAGGAUUGCAACUCCCAACUAGAGCAGCAAAGUGAAAUCGAACUGGCGAAGCUAACUCCAUCACAAAUCAAAACCAUGGAAAUGGAAAUCCAUGUUAAAGUACUCGAAACCGAACAGGCUCUUCAAAUGCAGCGACUAAAACUCUCAUCGUUUCGGAAAGAGCAUUAUAAAAAUGCAGAUUAUUAAAUACCAUAUUUAUAAACGUUACUAACAUUCUGUUUUUUUUUAAAUUAAUGCACGUCAUGACAAAUAAUAUAUGUAUGUUUACACUAA